AUGACGAUCGCGGACUUCCCCUUUGCAAACGAAACGGACCCGGAGAAAGAAACUCUCGUCCUCGCCUCCGACAUCAUCACGAAGAUCGUGGCUCCGUCGGUGUAUGGAGUAGAGAUCUUUGCCGGGCUGUUGGGAAACGCGCUUGUCAUGUACAUGCUGCUGGGCUUCACGAAGAUGAAGGACUCCACGCACUACUACAUACUGAACCUGGCGGUGGCUGACACUCUGUUCAUGUUGGGCGUCCCCUUCAUCUCGAUCAGCUCGGCCAUGGAGAGAUGGGUGUUCGGGCAGGCCAUGUGUAAGAUCGUGAUGUCUAUGGACGCCAUGAACAUGUUCACAACGGUGUUCAACCUGGCCGUGCUCAGCGUGGAUCGGUACCUGGCCAUCGUCUGCUCUACAAGUCACCCAGAGCUCAGACAACCCAAGGUUGCUGCCGCCGUGAGCCUGUCAGUCUGGUUCACAGCCAUCCUGCUGAGCAUCCCCGUCAUGACGGCCAGCGAGAACGUCCUGACAGAGCACGGACACUACGUCUGCAUCCUCAACUGGCCUGCGAGCGAGGCUAUGUUCCGCCACAAGGUGUUCACCUCUUACACGUUCGUGGUUGGGUUCUUGGUGCCGUUUGGUAUCAUCAUAACCUCCUACCUGCUGGUUAUCCGGCACCUGAAGUCCAGCACUUCGGAACACGCUGCCGUCUCCAGAGUGUCCGUCAGGAUGCGCACCAAAGUCACCAAGACGGUGACGGCCAUGGUGGCGACGUUUGCUGUGUGUCGCCUGCCGUUCCACGUCUGCCAGCUGGUCCUGCUGGCCUCGGAGCCGCGUCCGACACUCGGUACGCUGGUGAUGUUCCACCUGGCCAUGGUGAUGUCCUACGCCAACUCCUGCGUCAACCCGGUCCUCUACGUCUUCACCAGUCAGAAGUUCCGCGACAGCUUCCGGGCGGCGCUGCGCCUCAGCGGGCGGCGGGCACGGCAGGAGUACGGGCGGCGGCAGAGGGAGGGGCUCGCCGCCGCUGCCAGAAACCGGCAACUGGGGGGCAACGGCUUCCUGCAGGAGGAGAGAUGCGAGGUGAACAUCACGAUGCUCCCGUACUCAACCCCCGAAAGACUUGAAACUACAGUUUAG